AUGGCACAACCAGAUAGCCCCUCCAAGUAUGCGGAGCUCUACCGGGACGCCUUUCAGGUCCCGCCCCCGUACGAAGCCGCCGCUUAUCCCCGCAUCCGGCCCCGCCGCACUCUCCUCCGAAGCCUCGUGUCGCCUCGAGUGCUCGUCUGCGUCUUCAUCGCAGGCCUCCUCGCCUGGCACACUUUCCUCAUUGAACGUAGCCAUGCUACUCGACAUGCGUCUCCGUCGGCUCAUCUGGCCCGCUUCGACGAGUCCCUCAAGCACUGCGCUGCUCUCAAGACGUUUCCCAAAAGCCCCCAGCCGGAAACUCGCAAGGCCAACUCGAGAUGGAACGCUGCCCGCGGGCAAGACAAGCCGGUGGUCCUGCGCAACAUGACCUUCUUUGAUGGCGAGUCGAUCGCGUCCGAGCCGAUGGACAUCAAGUUCGAGCAGGGCUUGUUCACCGAGCUCGCAACAACAGCCUCCAAGACCAUCAGCUCCGACGGCGCCACGGAACACGACUUGCACGGUCGCUUUGUGACCCCGGGCCUGGUCGACAUGCACUCGCACCAUUCCGCCAGCCUGUGGCCGGCUCUGUCAAUCACCGAGGACGACAACGAAAUGAGCAAGACCUACGGCCCGCUCACCCCGAUGCUGCGUAUCCUCGACUCGAUGAAGGCGUACGAUGACGCAACUCGCAUCAUCAUGUCUGGUGGCAUCACCACGUCGCUCAUCUUGCCGGGUUCCGCCAACAUCAUGGGUGGCGAGGGUACCGUCAUCAAGAACGUUCUCAAGUCGGGGACGCUGGGCGAGUACGUCGUCGAGGAGCUGCUGCUCGAGCGUGAUAUCCCCAUCGAGGAGCGCCAUCGAUACAUGAAGCUGGCCUGCGGCGAGAACCCGAAACGCAUCUACGGCCACACUCGCAUGGCCAACGCCUUUCUUCUCCGCGAGCAAUUUGCCAAGGCCAAGGAGCAUAUGCAGAAACAGGACGAAUACUGCGAAAGCGUCGCCACCGUGUCGACCCUAUCCGAUCAAGUAAAGGACCGCUUCGUCCGGGAGUCUGGCAGCUUUCCUGCGGACCUCAAGCUCGAGUCCACCGUCGGCAUGCUCCGUGGCCGGGUCUCCAUGCAGAACCACUGCUACCUCCCAGAGGACUUUGAGACCAUGCUCCGGGUCACGGGCGAGUACGGCGUCCGCGUUCGGGCCUUCCACCACGCCCUCGAGGCCUGGCAGGUUCCCGAGAUGCUCAAGGCUUACGGCGAAAACGUCACCGUUGCCACAUUUGCCGAGUUCAGCCUGUACAAGUUCGAGGCCUACGCGCCGAGCCUCUCCGCGGGCAAGAUCCUGAACGAGCAUGGAAUCCCCGUGGCCUACAAGUCGGACCACACCGCACCCGAGACGAACGCAAAGUACAUCAUGUUCCAAGCGGGCGUCGGCCACGCGUUCCACCUCCCGGAAGACAAGGCCCUGCAGUCCGUCACCUCCAUCCCCGCGAAGGCCAUCGACCUGGGCUACCGCGUCGGCUACGCUCGCCCGGGCUACGAUGCAGAUCUGGUCGUCUGGGACGCCCAUCCGCUGUCCAUCGGAGCGACCCCUCUGCAGGUCUACAUUGACGGCAACCCCCAGCUGCAGCACCACAUUGUCCAGGAAAGCAUGGGCAAGACCUUUAACGAGGCCUCGGCCGAGGAGGCCCUCCCCGUGAAGCCGAAUAUGCGAACGGAGCUGCAGUCGGAGAAGCGGGAGGCUUUCUGCAGCAAGACCAACAAGGCAAAGGCCAAUUUCGUCAUCAACGGCAUCACGAGCACAUUCCUCGAAAACCACCCCCAGGUGCCCACCGUCUUCCGCGACGUCAGCGGCGAGAACUUUACUCUCGUAAUCAACAGCGGCACCGUCGCCUGCCUCAGCACGCCAGAGAACUGCUCGUCGGCCGUUGCCAAGGUGUCUUCCCAGUCCGACGUCACCACCCUCGACCUCUCCAACGGCCACGUCCUGCCGGGCUUGACGGCCCUCACAGCCUCCCUUGGCGUGGUCGAGAUCGCGACGGAAGACUCCACCGGAGACGGUUACGCCGACCCGAAGAAGAACGGAAACGACCCGGAGAACCUGGACUACGCAAAGUACGGCGUCCAGCUGGAGGGCAAGGCCUUUGCCCGCGCGCGCCUCGGCGGCAUCACCCGCGCCGUCACGCCGCCCCUCAGCUCCCCGGGCGGCGGCUUUGUCAACGGCGUCAGCGUCGGCAUCCUCACGCGCACCAAUCGCACGCUCCUCGACGGCGGCGUCUUCCGGCCCGAGGUGGCGCUUCACGUCACCAUUGACGACAAGGCGAAGGGGAGCGUGGGAACCAUCAGCACCGCCGUGAAGAAGCUGCGCAAGAUCCUCGCCGACGGCAAGGGGAAGCACAACGAGACGACGUUUGGCGAGGUGGCUUCGGGCAAGCUACCGUUGAUCGUCAACGCCAACAACCAUUGGGACAUUCAACAAAUCAUCAACAUCAAGACAGACUUCCCGGACGUCAAUAUCGUCAUCCAAGGCGGUGCCGAGGCGCCCUUGGUCGCGCUGGAACUCGCAAAGUCCCAGAUCCCUCUCAUCCUCACCGAGACCCGUCCGGCGCCCUCCUCCUACCGACACCGCGACGCCGUUGUCGGCCCGCCCCUGACCCCGAGCGUCGCCCGCAUCCUCGCAGAGGCCGGCGUCUACUUUGCCGUCGCCAUCGUCACGGACAUCAUGCCUGCAGACUACCGCCUCCACGACCUCGCCCUCGAGGCCGCGUGGGCCGCAAAGUACGCCAACCUCGGCGACAAGGAAGCCGUCCGCCUCGUGUCCGGCAACGUCGAGGACAUUCUCGGCCUGCCCAAGAGCAGCGACAUUGUGGUGUGGGAGGGCAGCCCGCUCGAGUUUGGCGGCACCGUGGCCCUCAGCUUCGAGACGGACCAGGACGGCGACCUCGAGGUUGCCGCUUGCUGGCCGCAGGAGGAGGACAGGUAG